AUGCCUUCCAGAAGAAAUGACUCGGAGGUGCGGGUGAUCGGUUACGCUAGUAAAAGCCUCAGUCCAACCGAAAAGAGGUACUGCCAAACGGAGAAAGAAGCCCUCGCAUUAGUUUGGGCAGUUGAGCGUUUUUCGGUGUACUUGCUUGGACGUAAUUUCGAACUAGAAACGGAUCACAAGCCGCUGGAGAUUAUUUUCUCUCCCAGUUCGAGUCCAUGCCCUAGAAUCGAGCGUUGGGUCCUGAGGCUGCAAGCAUACCGGUUUGCAGUUAAGUAUCGGAAGGGCAGCAGUAACAUCGCAGAUCCGUUCUCGAGGCUGUGCACGCUGGAUGAAGGCGUGGACUUCGACAGCGACAGUAAGUUUCUGGUGUUGGCAAUCGCUGAGUCAGCAGCUAUCGAUACGAACGAACUGGAGAGAGCCUCACAGGGAGAUGGAGAGCUGGCAGCAGUCCGCGAGUGCGUCCGUAGCGGCGUAUGGAACCAACCUGAUGCUAAGCCGUACGAGAGAUUCCAGGGGGAGCUCGGCGUGCUAGGAGAAUCACUGCUGGUUCGAGGGUCAAAGCUAGUUGUUCCGCGGGCGUUGCGACCGAGGAUGCUCGACCUCGGACAUGAAGGUCAUCCGGGAGAGACAGUCAUGAAGCGUCGGCUAAGAGAUAGGGUGUGGUGGCCUAACAUGGACGGUGACAUCGUUAAACACGUAACAGGUUGCGAGGGAUGCAGACUGAUCGGCCUGCCGAGUAAGCCCGAACCGAUGUGCCGCAGGGAGCUUCCGACGAAACCAUGGGUGGACGUCGCAAUCGACUUCCUGGGUCCGUUGCCGUCUGGAGAAUACCUGCUAGUGAUCGUGGAUUAUUACAGCCGGUAUAAGGAGAUCGAGGUAAUGAAGCACAUAACCGCUGAGGAAACUACGAAACGGCUGCACAGGAUAUUCACUCGUCUGGGUUUUCCGGUCACUAUCACUCUGGACAAUGGCAGACAAUUUGUGAGCACACAUUUCGAUCAUUACUGCAAGCAACAUGGAAUAUCACUGAACUACUCAACUCCUUACUGGCCACAAGAGAACGGCCUCGUCGAGCGCCAGAAUCGAUCCCUGAUCAAGCGACUGCAGAUCAGCCACGCGUUGGGACGCGACUGGAAAGAGGAUUUGGCGGGCUAUUUGUUGAUGUACUACACGACUCCACACUCAACAACGGGGAAGACGCCGACUGAGCUGUGCUACGGCAGAACCAUCAGAUCGAAAAUUCCCAGCUUGAUCGACGUGGAGUCGACUCCUAAUGACGAGGACUUCCGGGAAAGGGACCGUUUGCUGAAACAAAAAGGGAAAGAAUUGGAGGACAAGAAACGCCACGCCAGACCAUCUGAUCUACAACCGGGAGACACAGUCCUAAUGAAAAAUGUACUUCCGGGCAACAAGCUGACGACGGCCUACAGUCCAAAGGAACAUGUCGUUUUGAGCAAGGAGGGCGGUCGCGUCACCGUGCAAGACAAGGAGUCACGGAAGGUAUACAAACGGAACGUCACACAUUUGAAGCGAGUGCCAGUCGAGGCACCGAGCGAAUCUUCGGUGGCGGGAAGUGUGGAAGCGCCCCAGGAAGAUCCAGUGCCCCCAGUCGAACUCAGACCAUCACCGAUAGCGGAGGAAGCUCAAGCAGAUAAUCAUUUCAGGAAUCGACGCGAACCGAUUUUGUUGUUGUUUUCGAUUUGUUCGCGUGUGAAUGAUGGAAAAUUGGACAAAUUGGAUUGCGGUUAUCAAAAUUCCGCUAUUACGACGACUGGACUUUUCGCUGGGGCGAUUUUCGACCAAUUCUCAUUCAAGGACCCGAAGAAGCCCAAGACGGAGGAGGGCGAGGGUAUCGGGCAGGUGCCGAUGCGGAAGAUUAUCGUGGUGGUGCAGCGGAUGGGCGACUACGUACCAAGCGGAUUGCACGGGCUGCUGGAGCACACUCUCACCAUAGAUCACUGCACCGGCGACAAGUGGUACAUGUUUAGGCGAGUCCCAUUUUUUUAAUUCGCUAGUAGGAUUUUUAAAAUUUCUUUCGACAUUCCAGAUUCUUCGAAAAAAAAAAAAAACGCCGAGGCCAAAAACUUGCAGCGCAAGCUCAAAUCGGUCCUUCAACCGUCGCAAGCAGUACCCUUUGGAACUGGUGCUGACACCGAUUCGUGAGUUGGACAUGCAAAUCUUCUAAUAGUCAAAGAAACGUCUUGUAUUCGCUUUCCCGUGCUGGACGAGGCAGACCGUAGCUGGACUUGGGAUUCAAGGGCCACCAGAUAAGUUGAAUCGAGUGCUAAUAAUAAAAUUGUGAAAUAAUUUGCUUUAAAAUAUAUACUUCUGCGUAAAAUGACUUGUUUUUAUUUAUUCUUAACAAAAAUUAAAUUUUACUAUUAAACAGCAUUUUUCAUUGUAAAAUUUACAGGAAAAAGUCGUUGUUAAAGCACUGUUGAACGAUGUUUCAAAUCGAUAAAUUCAACAUUAAAAUAACAGCGAAGUCCACUGUUUCCCAUACAAAAAAAACUUCGUUGUGAAUACGCUUAACCAAACCGCUGCGAUUGACAUGCGGCGCGCCAGGUUCCAGAUCAAUUGAUAAUCUCGGACAUUCGCGGCGAUUCUAACGAAUUAGUGAAUCAAUAAGAUCAGAAAAACUGUUCGUGUAAUUUCUGAACCAUAUGGUGUUA